AAUGGUGGACUUAAAUAACUAAAAGUUGAAUACAAAAAUGAAAUUAAUGAUUAAUGAUGAAAUUUAAAAGCUGAAUAAUUGGAAGAUUUAAAUUGAAGAGGCUAAGAACUAGACUACAAAUAUAUAUAAUUCUUUGAUUUCUAGCAUUGAUGAUUGGGUUGCUAAUAUUAAAGAAUAAGAAUUUUCAAUAGAGAAUAAGAAAUUUUUAGAUGUAUUAGAUGAGAUGAGUGAUAAUGAGGAAAAUUGGAUCAAAAAUAAAAUAUUCUAAAUAGUUUCCUAAAUGAUAUUAAUUGAUUCCUAUACUCAUAAAAGACUUUAGAUUUAAUUCAAUUAAUUGAAUACAAUUCUUAAUAACUUUGCUAUGAACAAUUAAUUUAAUGAAAUAUUUUCUUAAAACAUGAAUAUAUUUUGGGAUUCAUACAAAUCAACUGACCAAUACCCUAAAAAACUAUAAAAUGUAUUUAUUUAUAAUUAUUUAGAACUUUGAAAAUGUUAUUUGUAAAUCCCAUAAUUUACCUGUCAGUUCAUUAAAUAUUUAAAAAAAUAUUCCAUUGGAUUAACGAGUUAACUGUAGGAAAUGUAAAGGUAAAGGUGAAUCAAUAGAGGAAUUUAUAAAAAACUUGGAUUAGUACUUUGUAGAUCAGAGUAAACAGUUAUAAUCUAAUUCUCGUAAAUUUAAAAAAGUAAUUUAAAAAAAUUGGCUAGAUUUGAUAAAAGAACUUUAAUAUUCAUUUUUCUCAUAAUUAAAUGAAUUGACAUUCUCACUUUUAAGUGAAGAAUAAAAAUUAAUUAUAGAGUUCAUAUGCCAAUUAUCAAAAUAACAUAGUUUUUAAAUUAAAGAUUUCUAAGAUUUAUGCUUAGUAUUAAGUCAAAAGGAUUAAUCUAUUAUACAAUUUCAAAUAGGUAAUUAAUAGGGUAGAAUACUUGAGUUUGUAAAAAAUUUAAUAACAAAAUUAUCGACUGAAAUGAAAAAAAUUAGAGAAUAACAUUUAAAAAUUUAAAAAAAAAAUAAUUCAUAAUCAAAAGAUAUUGAAAUGUAAAUUUAAAGAUAAGUAUAUUGGAAAGAAUUGCCUUAAAAUACUAUGUGGUUUGAUCUUAAUACUAAACCAAAUUGUGUAUUAAUUACUAAAUUAGAUUAAUUACUGUUAAGAGGUAUUAAUAAUUGUAUUGAAAUAAAUUAUUUUAAAAAUUAAAACUUGAAGAAAAUACUAUGGUUACCAAAAAAACAAUAUGUAACUUGUUUUGUUGAUUGUUAAGUCCAAAACUCAUUUAUAGUUGGCUAUAAUGAUGGGAAAUUGUAAUAUUGGACAAUAUUAAAGCCAUAACUAUAACUGAAUAUUUAUAACAAUAUUGAAUAAUAGAAUCAAAAUUUAUCAAAUGUUCACUAAGAAUCGCCACAAUAUCAUAAUCACACAGAUAAAAUUAAUUUUAUGAUUUUUUAAAAUGAAAAUUAAUAUUAAAAAUACCUAUUCUCAGCAAGUUCUGAUGGCUUAAUAAAUUAUUGGGAAUUGAAAUUAUAUAAUAAUCGAAUAUAUUUCCAAUAUUCGCUUAAGAAACACGAAAAAUCAGUGAUAGGAUUAGCUUUAAAUUAAAAUUAAUAAACUUUAGCAUCAUGUGGGGAAGAUAACAAAAUAAUAAUUUGGACUAAAAAUUAUUAGUAGAAAACUUAAGAUUAAUAAGAUUGGUAGUUUAAAUAUAUAAUUAAGUAAUCUAUUGAUAACUUUGGGAAAAAAAUAUCAUUUUUAACUUAAGAUAUUCUCAUUUUGGUAUCAGAAUAUGUUCAUGUUUUUUAAUUAAAAUAAGACCUAUUUGUAGAGUAAAAAUAAAAAAAGAUCAAAUUAUUUCCAAGUGCAAAUGAUAAUUUUGAUUUUCCAAUUUCCCAUAUUUAAAAUGGUGUAGUAUGUUUUGGUCAUAGUUAACAUGUGUAUAUAGUAUCACUUUCUAAAAAUCAGGAGAUAAACCUGUCAUCAGAUCCAAUAGGUAAAAAUAAAUCGAGUAGAUUGGAUCAUUGUUGUGGAGCACUAAGUAGUGAUAGUAAAUCUAUAGUAAUUUGGACACCUUAUUGUCAAAUAUAUGAAUUAUUUUAUUGAG